CGAAGAUGCUAAACUACCGCCGGACUGCAGAGGAGAGGGGUCCCGUCUUCCCCUGAUGUGUUUGCCUGUAGGUACCUGAGCUGACACCGACGGUGCCUAAAGAUGCUGAGCGGCGUUUGGUUCCUCAGUGUGUUAACCGUGGCCGGGAUCUUACGGACCGAGAGUCGCAAAACUGCCAAAGACAUUUGCAAGAUCCGCUGCCUGUGCGAAGAGAAGGAAAACGUACUGAACAUUAACUGCGAAAACAAAGGAUUUACAACUGUCAGCCUGCUCCAGCCCCCCCAGUAUCGAAUCUAUCAGCUUUUCCUCAAUGGCAACCUCCUGACGAGGCUGUACCCCAACGAGUUCGUCAAUUACUCCAACGCGGUUACUCUCCACCUGGGUAACAACGGGCUGCAGGAGAUCCGAACCGGGGCGUUCAGCGGCCUGAAAACCCUCAAGAGGCUGCACCUCAACAACAACAAGCUCGAGGUGCUGAGGGAGGACACCUUCCUGGGCCUCGAGAGCCUCGAGUACCUCCAGGCCGACUACAAUUACAUCAGUGCCAUCGAGGCGGGGGCCUUCAGCAAGCUGAACAAGCUGAAAGUGCUCAUCCUGAACGACAACCUGCUGCUGUCUCUGCCCAGCAAUGUGUUCCGCUUCGUCCUGCUGACCCACUUAGACCUGCGAGGGAACCGGCUGAAAGUGAUGCCUUUCGCCGGCGUCCUCGAGCACAUCGGGGGCAUCAUGGAGAUUCAGCUGGAGGAAAACCCGUGGAAUUGCACUUGUGACUUACUUCCUCUCAAGGCUUGGCUGGACACCAUAACCGUUUUCGUGGGAGAGAUUGUCUGUGAAACUCCCUUCAGAUUGCAUGGGAAAGAUGUGACCCAGCUGACCAGGCAAGACCUCUGUCCCAGAAAAAGUACCGGUGACUCCGCCCAGAGGGGCGGCCACGCCGACACACAUGUCCAAAGGCUGUCACCUACCAUGAAUCCGGCUCUCAACCCAACCAGGGCUGCAAAAGCCAGCCGGCCACCCAAAAUGAGAAAUCGCCCAACUCCCCGGGUCACAGUGUCGAAAGACAGGCAGAGCUUUGGACCCAUCAUGGUGUACCAGACCAAGUCCCCGGUGCCCCUCACCUGCCCCAGUAGCUGCGUCUGCACCUCUCAGAGUUCAGACAACGGUCUAAAUGUCAACUGCCAAGAAAGGAAGUUCACUAACAUCUCCGACCUGCAGCCUAAACCCACCAGUCCAAAGAAACUCUACCUAACAGGGAACUAUCUUCAAACUGUCUAUAAGAACGACCUCUUAGAAUACAGUUCUUUGGAUCUCUUGCAUUUAGGAAACAAUAGGAUCGCAGUCAUUCAGGAAGGUGCCUUCACAAACCUGACCAGUUUACGCAGACUGUAUCUGAAUGGCAAUUACCUUGAAGUGCUUUAUCCGGCGAUGUUUGACGGACUGCAGAGCUUGCAAUAUCUCUAUUUAGAGUAUAAUGUCAUUAAGGAAAUUAAGCCGCUGACCUUUGACGCUUUGAUUAACCUACAGCUACUGUUUCUGAAUAACAACCUGCUGCGGUCCUUACCUGAUAAUAUAUUUGGGGGCACGGCCCUCACCAGGCUGAAUCUGAGAAACAACCAUUUUUCUCACCUGCCUGUGAAAGGGGUUCUGGACCAGCUUCCGGCUUUUAUCCAGAUAGAUCUGCAAGAGAACCCAUGGGACUGCACCUGUGACAUCAUGGGACUAAAGGACUGGACAGAGCAUGCCAGCUCCCCUGUCAUCAUCAAUGAGGUGACCUGUGAAUCUCCCGCUAAACACGCUGGGGAGAUCCUGAAGUUCCUGGGCAGGGAGGCUAUUUGUCCAGAGGGUCCAAACUUGUCAGACGGAACCAUUUUGUCAAUGAAUCACAACACAGACACACCCCGCUCGCUUAGUGUGGCUCCCAGCUCCUACCCUGAGCUACACACUGAAGUUCCACUUUCCGUCUUAAUUUUAGGAUUGCUGGUUGUCUUUAUCUUAUCUGUCUGCUUUGGGGCUGGCCUAUUCGUCUUUGUCCUGAAACGCCGAAAGGCAGUGCCAAGUGUUCCCAGGAGUGCCAACAGCUUAGAUGUAAGUUCCUUCCAGUUACAGUACGGGUCUUAUAACGCUGAGACUCAGGAUAAAGCAGACGGCCACGUCUAUAACUACAUCCCCCCACCCGUGGGUCAGAUGUGCCAAAACCCCAUCUACAUGCAGAAGCAAGGGGACCCAGUGGCCUAUUACCGAAACCUGCAAGAAUUCAGCUACAGCAACCUGGAGGAGAAGAAAGAAGAGCCAGCCACACUUGCUUACACUAUAAGUGCCACCGAGUUGCUAGAAAAGCAAGCCACCCCAAGAGAGCCCGAGCUGCUGUAUCAGAACAUCGCUGAGCGCGUCAAGGAACUCCCCAGUGCAGGGCUCGUCCACUAUAACUUUUGUACCUUACCUAAAAGGCAGUUCGCCCCUUCGUAUGAAUCUCGACGCCAAAACCAAGACAGAAUCAAUAAAACCGUUUUAUAUGGAACUCCCAGGAAAUGCUUUGUGGGGCAGUCAAAACCAGACCACCCUUUACUGCAAGCUAAGCCGCAAUCAGAACCAGACUACCUCGAAGUUCUGGAGAAACAAACUGCAAUCAGUCAGCUGUGAAGGGAAAUCAUU